AUGCCGCUGCCAACAUCGUCCGUGUUCGCCCCGCCGUCGGGGGAUGUGUUCAAAUUCGCCUCGCGCCGUAGUGUCGUGCACUCCACGCAAGGCGUCGUGGCUUGCACACAGCCACUUGCAGCACAAUGCGGUCUCGAUGUUCUUCGGAAGGGCGGAAACGCGGCUGACGCUGCUGUAGCUGUUGCUGCCGGAAUGAACGUGACGGAGCCAUGCUCCACUGGAAUCGGAGGUGACAUGUUCAUCCUUUACUACGAUGCCGAGAAGAAGACGGUGUCUGCCAUGAACGGCUCUGGUCGUUCGGGGAGCAAGUGUAACUUGUCCACGGUCCGUCAGUCGCUGGGCAUCAAAGAUGGUGAGUCGGGCAAAAUCCCCAUGAAGAGUGUGCAUGCCGUCACCGUGCCUGGUGCCGCGGCCGGCUGGGUCGACACCGUCGAGCGCUUUGGCAACAGGAAACUGAGCCUCAAGGAGAUCCUGGCGCCAGCCAUCAAACUGGCUGAGGACGGUUUCCCCGUGUCAGAGACGACAGCCUACGCGUGGGGAGUGCAAGAGCGCUUGUUGCGCAAAGCAUCGCCCAACUUUGCUGAAAUGCUCAAGAAUGAUCCCUCGGCGGAGGGGGGCUUCCGAGCCCCGAGGGCCGGCGACAUCAAGAAGAACCCAGAUAUGGCCACAACCUUUCGCGCAUUGGCCGACGAAGGCAAGAAGGGCUUCUACACAGGACGGGUCGCUGAGGAACUGAUCAAGGUUGUCAAAGACCUUGGCGGUCACCUCGAGCUGGAGGAUUUGCAACACCACAUGGAGGCAGGCAGCGAACCCGUGGACCCCAUCUCUCUCAAGUUCACCGGCCAUGGACUUGGGGACAAAGGCAUCGAGCUGUGGGAGCAUCCUCCCAACGGCCAGGGGAUCGUGGCGCUGAUGGCGCUGGGUAUCAUCCAGGAGCUCGAGAAACAGGGCAGGAUUCCCACAUUCAAGCCCGAAGACUUCAAUUCGCCGCAGUGGCUGCACGCCAUCAUCGAGUCUCUGCGCCUGGGCUUCACCGAUGCAAGCUGGUACGUCACCGACCCCAACGUGAAGGAAGUCCCCGUCAAGGGUCUCCUGAGCCCAGAAUAUCUCGCCGAGCGCGCAAAACUCUUCGACCCAAGCAAAGCUUCGGAUCCCAUGGAACCAGGCAAGCCCUCGCCCGCCCUCCAAAGCUCAGACACGGUCUACUUUGCCGUCACCGACGCCAAGGGGAAUGCUGCCUCAUUCAUUAACUCCAACUAUGCCGGGUUCGGGACAGGUAUCAUCCCCAGGGGAUGCGGGUUCACCCUCCAGAACCGCGGCGCCAAUUUCUCACUGGAUGAGAAACACCCCAACGUACUCGAGCCGCGCAAGCGUCCUUACCACACAAUCAUCCCUGCAAUGGCGACGAACGGAUCCGACGGGUCCUUACACUCGGUGUUUGGUGUGAUGGGAGGCUUCAUGCAGCCCCAAGGACACGUCCAGGUACUGUUGGGCCAAGCAAUCGGGGGCCUUAACCCCCAGCAAGCUCUCGAUGCACCAAGGGUGUGCAUCGGCGCUGGGAUGCCCGAGCAUGGUGAUGUGCUGGACUGGACUGUCAACGUCGAGGACGGCAUGCCGCAGGAGACCAUUGACGGGCUGAAGAAGCUAGGACACAAGGUCAGUGUUCCGUGUGGGAACGAAAGGUACAUGUUUGGUCGUGGCCAGAUUAUACGUUGGACUGUAGACGAAGUGGAAGGCACAGGCGUAUGGUCGGGCGGCAGCGACAUGCGAGGAGACGGAGGGGCGUAUCCGCUGUAG